AUGGAGACCCGAUGGGAAGUGGAAGGCUACUCUUCUACAGCGACUCAGGGCGCAGAUUUAUCCUGUCUCGGCGUCGAUGACUUGCGGAAACUCAUCGACCGAGAGGGUCUUGGCGUCAAGAAGAAUGUAGGUGGGGCUGGCAGACGGACCUUGGACGACAUGCGUAGAGAGAUCCAGCAAGCCCGUGCAAGACGGAAUAGCAUGGAUUCUACUCUGGCGGCGUCGUCUUCCUCGAGCAUGGGGCUCCGCACCCUACCAGUACAGCCUCAGACGGCAGCUGUUAUGGACAUAUGGACAAGCCCACAGGCAUCGGCCCAAAGCCAUCACACCAUCGCGGAGCCAUUCUCGACCCACGUCGGAUCCGUGGUCCGCGCCGCGCUGGGCUAUCUAGGGCGAUUCAGCCCCGCUGUUAAGACAACAGAGAGCGAAAUCGAGCUACUCCAACAGCGGCUUCAGGGCUGUGGCUUUUUCAUGGGGCAGGUACAGUUGGAGCAGCUGCAAUACGAUGGCAUUCGGUGGAUCAUGGAACGCGAGCAGUCGGCUGGAUGGAAGGGCGGAAUUCUCGCAGACGAGAUGGGAUUGGGCAAGACGGUGCAAAUGCUGUGUGCAAUUGCUACGAACAAAGUCCCCACGCUUGUCGUCUGUCCCCUAUCCGCCUUUGAGUCGUGGAAGGAGGAUGUGCGCAAAUUUUUCGCGCCCGGGACCUUUGCGCUCACCGACUUCCACCACUUGAAGAAGUUGCCACAUCCUUUGCCUUCAAACUCGUUAACCUUGGUGAACCCUGAACUGCUGGGACGCGAUGUUUGGGCCAAGCCGCCUGAAGCAAAGGCUGCACGAGAGGUGAACUUGAAGUCGAAGCUGCUGAACGCACCUUUUCAGCGAAUCAUCUGUGACGAGGCACAGUUCCUGAAGAAUCUGAUGUCACCAAAGGGUCAGAACAUCAAUGCCAAAGCGUGCGAUUGCGUUGCAGCCAAUGCCAGCAUUCGCUGGUGCAUGACUGGGACACCCAUCGAGAACGGCAUCAAGGACUAUCUGUCCCUGCUAACGUUUCUCAAAGCCGAGCCCUUCUGCCGUCCGGACUGGUUCCACGAUCACGUAGAAAGACAUGCGGGAACUGAGUUCGUUCAAGACCCGCUCUUCGCAGAGUGCUUCCGCGAGACCGUCCUGCGACGCAGCAAGGCGUCACUGCAGAACCUGCCAGAGACCCACUUCCACUUGCUUGAAAGCUCAAUGGACCCAACAGAGAAGGAGCAGGAGAUGGCAUUGCUGGAUGAGGAGGAGUCGGGGUUGGUUCGUCAGUUGCGCUCGGGCCAAGCUGCCGGCUCGCUGGCCAUGCCUCGUUCCAGUGUGCAGGACCUCCAGGCGAUCCAGGCGCUCUCGCUCAACGAGCUUAAAGACCGGGCACGGAAGCCUCGCGAGCUUGGUGGUUUGGGCCAGGAGCUGCGGCCACCGUCGAAGGAGGAGGAGGCUCAGCGGCAAUGGUGCCUGAGCAAGUUCUGCUUCGAGAGAGCCUGGAUCGAAGCCGACAAGGAGAAGCUCUUGAAGUCGAGCAAAUGGACAUUACUCGAAAACACUUUGCGCAAGAUCUGGAAUGCCCGGGUCAAAGCUGCAGAGCUGGAAUGUGCCUGGAGACGCGACGAGAAGCAGUUUUCGGAUCCUUGGCGCUCAGAUGCAGUGUACUGGACAAAGCUGGACACCCAUGAGAACACGAAAGUGGUGCUUAUCUCGCGGUUUUCCAGUCGCAGCUUCGAAUUGGCGGCGAAGAUGAUGAGCAAGCUGAACAUUAGGUAUUGCAAGAUCGACCAGUCUGUUGCGCCGGAAGAUCGUGGCAAAAUUAUCGACAGCUUCAACAAUGACCCAGCUGUAAAGGUCAUGCUUCUGGGCAUGAAGUGCGGAGGGUCAGGUAUCAACCUUCCGGGCGCACAGGUGGCGAUUCUGAUGGAUUCGUGGUGGACUCCCGCGGCGGAGCAGCAGGCCAUCAACCGCAUUCAUCGCUUGAACUCGGCGCACAAGUAUGUCUACUUCGUCAAGCUCUUCUCUCGCAAUAACGACACCGAACAAAGGCAGUCCGAGAUCCACCAGCAGAAGCUACGCGUUUGCGAGCAGACUCUCGGGCCCGUCACCGUCUCUUGA